GAAUAUUUUAAUCAAAAUUUUCAAUUAAAUAUCUAUCGUACAACUGUUUCUAAGAUUAUUAAUGAGAAAGAUAAACAGCUAGCAGUAGUUCCUAAUGAAUUAGCAAAAAAUAAGUUCUGCUACCAUUCUCCAAAAUUUCUAUUACUUGAGAAAGCUAUGAGUUUAUGGAUCGAAAAGGCUAAAAGUGCUUCCUUAGAUACUUUAUUUGAAGAAAAACAAAAAUUGAAUAAUCUUCUUAGCCAAUAUACGCUUGACCAAAUUUAUAAUGCAGAUAAAACUGCUUUAUAUUAUUGUAUGCAACCAAACCAAACUUUGUUAUCAGCUUCAAUUAUG